GGGGCGUGGCCGCGGCCUGAUCCGGCGGUCACGUGGGCCGCCCGGACCAAUGGGCGCGCGCCUCGGGGUCACGCCCAGCCCUGCCGCGCCGCGGGGUCGGCCAGUUGGACUUGGCCCUGGCUGAAGUCCUGUCCGGACGUGGCGACUGAGUGGCAGACGAGGCCAUGGAGCGCGAGGUGCAGCGGCUUCGCCGGGCGUUCCGAUCCGGCCGCUCGCGGCCCCUGCGGUUCCGGCUGCAGCAGCUCGAGGCCCUGCGGAGGAUGGUGCAGGAGCGCGAGGCGGACAUCCUGGCGGCCAUCGCCGCCGACCUGUGCAAGAGCGAAUUGAAUGCAUACAGUCAGGAAGUCAUUACCGUCCUUGGGGAAAUUGACUUUAUGCUGAAAAAUCUUGCCGACUGGGUCACCGCUAAGCCGGUGAAGAAGAACCUGUUCACCAUGCUGGACGAGGCCUAUGUUCAGGCCGAGCCGCUGGGAGUUGUCCUGAUCAUCGGAGCUUGGAACUACCCGUUCGUCCUCACCAUUCAGCCGCUGAUCGGCGCCAUCGCUGCAGGGAACGCCGUGAUCCUCAAGCCUUCUGAACUAAGUGAACACACGGCUCAGGUCUUGGCCAAGCUGCUCCCUCAGUACUUAGACCAGGACCUGUACGCUGUCGUGAACGGUGGCGUGAAGGAAACCACGGAGCUCCUGAAGGAGCGCUUUGACCACAUUCUGUAUACGGGAAAUGCUGCCGUCGGGAGGGUCGUCAUGGAAGCUGCGGCCAAGCAUCUGACCCCGGUGACUCUUGAGCUGGGAGGGAAAAGUCCGUGUUACAUCGAUAAAGACUGUGACCUGGACACUGUCUGCAGGCGCAUAACUUGGGGGAAGUACAUGAACUGUGGCCAAACCUGCAUUGCUCCCGACUACGUUCUCUGUGAAGCGUCCCUGCAGAACCACAUUGUGCAGAAGAUUAAGGAAACCGUGCAGGAAUUUUAUGGAGAAAACAUAAAAGAGUCUCCUGAUUAUGAACGGAUCAUCAAUCUUCGUCACUUUAAGAGGAUACAAAGUUUGCUUGAAGGACAAAAGAUAGCUUUUGGUGGGGAGACCGACGAGGCCACGCGCUACAUAGCCCCGACAGUACUGACUGAUGUUGACCCUGAAGCCAAAGUGAUGCAGGAAGAAAUUUUCGGACCAGUUCUUCCGAUAGUGCCUGUGAAAAACGCAGACGAAGCUAUACAGUUCAUAAAUGAACGUGAAAAGCCCCUGGCUCUCUAUAUAUUUUCUCAUAACGAUAAGCUCAUCAGACGGAUGAUUGACGAGACGUCCAGUGGUGGUGUCACAGGCAAUGACGUCAUCAUGCACUUCACGCUCAACUCCUUGCCCUUUGGAGGAGUGGGUCACAGCGGGAUGGGGGCUUACCACGGAAAGCAUACUUUUGACACUUUUUCCCACCAGCGCCCCUGCUUGUUGAAGAGUUUAAAGGGAGAAAGCGCUAACAAGCUCAGGUACCCCCCCAACAGCCAGUCCAAGGUGGACUGGGCAAGUUUUUCCUCCUGAAACAG